UGACCCCAUCACCAUGAAGACAUACCUCUGUCUGGCGGCAGCCGCAGUGCUUGCCAUUGCCACAUGUGCGCUAGCGACACCGACGCCCCCCAUGUGGGGCACGUGGGCGUCCCAGUUUGAGCUUAAGGAGUUUAACCCUCAGGCCAACAACUGGAUGACGACAACUGGCUCGUACUACUAUUCACCGUUGGCCUCGCUGGUGGCGUAUGCCAACGCGAGCGCCGAGGCGUUCUGCGGCUCGACGGGGAUCGGCGCCGGCACGCCAUGCUACCAGCUUGCCAACUCGGACGCGCGGUUCCUGUACUUCCCAGAGGCAGGUGACUCGGACAGCGGCGAGUGCUGCAAGUGCUGCACCGUCGAGCAGGGCUGUGGGCCACUCAAGCCGUCGUGGAUGGCCGAUGCCUCGUUCGAGGGCACAGUGACCGCCCAGGGCGUCACCGCCGACAAGUGGCUGAUUGCCGGCAACGAGGACAACUACUACUAUGACAUCUCCGACUCGCACAUCCCGCUCCUCCUCAACAACUCGGGCUUCCAGAUCUUUGGCUUUGUUCCAUCGUCGUACACCACCCUCGUCCCGAUGUCAAUCUUCACCGUUCCGGACAUCUGCCAGGGCUCGAUCGACCAGUGCGAAGGCGUCUGCGGCCGUUUCGGCGCCAGCAACUGAUGGUUGCCACACCCGCCCCGCGCAUCCCCCCC